AGUCCUCCGCCGCCCGCGCAGUUCCGCAGCAGCGUAUCCUUCGACACCUUCAACAACAAAGAGGCGAGCGACUUCAGCUUGACGCUCAACAGAAAGCACCGCGACUACAAAUACACCAAGCGCAGUCGCACAUUCCUGUGUGGCACGGAUACGAACGACUACUCCGACACGGCGCUAGAGUGGCUGAUUGAUGAGCUGGUCGACGAUGGGGAUGAGGUGGUAUGCCUGCGGGUGGUAGAAAAGGACAGUAAGGAGGCGCUCAAGUGGAGUGGUGGAUUGGGAGAGAAGGGAUAUCGAAACGAGGCGGAGAGGUUCCUUGACGCGAUUGAGAAGAAGAAUACGGAGGACCGCGCGAUCUCGUUGAUCUUGGAGUUCUCCAUCGGGAGGGUGCAAGAGACGAUUCAGCAGAUGAUCCGCAUUUACGAACCGGCCAUGCUGGUCGUCGGAACUCGUGGCCGAUCGUUGACGGGCUAUCAAGGCUUGCUCAGUUCCGGAUCGGUCAGCAAGUACUGCCUGCAAUACUCGCCCGUCCCCGUCAUUGUGGUACGGCCGAGCUCGAAACGUGAGGCGAAGAAGAAGAAGCGCCUCAAGGAUCCCGACAGGAUGGGUUACCGAGACAUCCUGGACAAGAGC